AUGCCUUGACUUAAUUGGGGGCUGUCAACAUUUUGUGUCUUAGUGAAUCAAGUUUUUUAUUUUAUUUGCCUUUUUUUCUGUUAAUCGUUUCUUUUUGCUUUUGAUUUACAGGAAAAGAAAGCAGAACAGCUUGUGCUAUGAAAUUAGAUAUUUUCGAUUAUCUGUAAUUUUUCUGAAACUUAAAUGUAUGUAAGGUCUAGUUUUAGAUAAGUUUGUUUGAAUUGAUACUUGACUUGAUGAGAAAUAAGAGGAAAGGAAGUGAAACCGAUGCAUCCCCGGAGAUCAUCUAAUGUUAGGUCUCAUUAUUCGUUAGAAGAUUAUGCCAAGCUAAAAAGGAGGUGCAAAGAAAAUGUGAUGUUAGCCAUUAAAAACUGUCAUGAGAUGGGAGUUGUGCAUAGAGAUAUAGAGCCGAAGAAUAUUUUUCUCACAACUUCAUGAUAGAUAAAGCUGGCAGAUUUUGGUCUUGCCACGAGAAUUUCCAAUGGUGAAUAUCUGAAGACAUGUUUAUUUUGAGAUUGGCAGCAAAUGCCAGUCGCACAUAUGCAUGAAGGAAGAGGUAGAUGGGGAAUUAAGUUGUUGCAUGAAACAAAAAGACCUAUCUUCCCGUCUGCUUAUGAUGAAGAGAAACUCAGUUGUUAUCUGGCCUUUAUAUAUUAUCCUUUCUAUGUCCAAGUCUGUUUAGUAUUUACUCGUCUCCGUUUUAAGCUGUGCCUAAUGCUUCUGAGUGACUCAAAUUACUAUUUGCUACGGGUCAGACUUUGCCUGGGUUGGCUGGAACCUGAGGUUCUGUUGGGAAAUUAUUCUGAGAAGGUCGAUAUAUGGAGUGCUGGUGUUCUUCCAUUUCAAGGAGACUACUUGAAGGAAGUGUUUGAGGCCAUCAAGAAUGUAAAGCUGGAUUUUCACUCAGGGUUAUGGGAAUCUCUAUCUAAACCUGCACGUGAUCCAUUGGCAAGAAUGCUGACAAAGGAUGUUUUCAUCUAGAAUAACUGCCAAUGAAGUACCAAGUAAAGCCCCAACUUUAUCUUUCUGAAAUACUAGAAUAGGUAACUAAUACAUACAUUUAAUAGAAGUUUGUGAAUUAGGCUUGCAUUCAUCAAUGAAUUAUGUAACUUUGACAAUUACAUAUGGUAAGGUGUUGAGCCAUCAUAAGGUGAUUCAUUCAUCUAUUUUUACCUCUCUUUUUUUUCCCCUUAGGAUUGCUUCUGCGGCAUGUUAUGUUUGUUUCUUUUUCAAUUUAUGUGGAAUUUGUUAUAUUUUUUUCCCAAAACAAUCUGUUAUUCGAUGUGAAAUUUAUCUUAGAACUUGAAUAGGAACUAACACUAUAGUUCUUGUAAUAGCUAGCUUAAUCAUUAGACUUCACUUGCUGAUAUUUGAAUUAUGUAAUUUCAAGGCAUCCAUGGAUAUUGUUCAAGACUGAGCGCUCAUUAAAGGCAUUAUCCAUUAAAUCAAAGUCGAAGAA